AUGGGUCCUGAUAAAAAAAAGGUCUUAGAAAAUUUUCCAGUUUGCAAAUUUGUUCCUGGUACUUAUGGAGAAAAUAUUGAAAAACUAUGGAAAGAAUUUUUUAGACUUUACAUGAUUUUACGUAAACCACUACAUUCAGAUGAAGAAAUUAAUGAAUUUGAAAUUGAUUCUAAAAAUUGGAUAUGUUCUUUUUAUAACACAAAUUUAUAUGGAAAACACAAUGUUACCCCUUAUAUGCAUGUUUUUAGUCAACAUGUUCACCAAUUCAUGCAUCAACUAAAAGAAAAAAAUCUCUCUUUAAGGAUUUUUUCUACAUCUAGCAUUGAGAAAAAAAAUCACCAACAGACAACUUUAGAAUUAAAAGGAAAAAAUAAAUCAAAAUUGUAA